AUGGCUACCACAUCCAAGGAAGGCAGUUGGCGCGUAAAUUACCUAAUCCUGACACGGGGAGUUAAAAAGCUUGUAGUUGGAACUAGGGUUAGGUCAUCCGGUCUACCUCACGAUUCUUGGAUAUAUGAAAGACGAACAACUGUGAAAGCAUUUUCCAAGGAUGUUUUCAUUAAUCAAGAAGGAAAGUUGGGGGCUCGAAGACGAUUAGAUACCAUCCUAGUCUCAACCAUAAACGAUGCCGACCAGGGAUUAAUGGAUGUUACUUUUAGGACUCCGUCGGCACCUUAUGAGAAAUCAAAGUCUUUAGGUUCUGGGGGGAGUAUGGUCGCAAGGCUGAAACUUAAAGGAAUUGACGGAAGGGCACCACCAGGAGUGGAGCCUGUGGCUUAAUUUCAC